AUGCCUAAAAGUAAAACAGCAUAUUAUGCAGUUUAUACUGGUCGAGAACCUGGGAUUUAUACAACCUGGGACGAGUGUAAGAAACAAACUGAUAAAUUUCCAAAUGCCAAAUAUAAAAAAUUUUUUACACAUCAGGAUGCUUGCACAUUUUUACAAGGAAUAGAUUUUAAAAUUGGGAAAGAUCUUGCAAUUAAAAUUUCAAAUGCAAAUAUGCCAUCUGAAAAUUCAUUAAUAGAAUUCUUACCUAAUUUAGAUUUUCCAAAACCCCACAAUCUUGUAGUGUGGACAGAUGGUAGUUCAAGAAAUAAUGGUAAACACAAUGCAAGGGCUGGUAUUGGUGUAUACUGGGGAGAUAAUGAUCCAAGAAAUUUAAGUGAGAGGUUACCAGGUUAUAAGCAAACUAAUAAUAGAGCUGAGAUAACGGCUAUAAUACGUGCAUUGCAAACAUGUACUGAUCUUGAUAGUCCAUUAGAAAUCAGGACAGACAGUAUAUAUAUUGUUAAAGAUGUGGAAAACAGGGAUCUUUUUAUAAAAUUAACAAAUUUAAUUAGGGCAAGACCAGGCCAUGUUAUAAUUACACAUGUUCGUGGUCAUCAAGGUUUAGCUGGUAAUGAAGGUGCUGAUAAAUUGGCAAAUUUAGGCGCUCUAUUGCCAGAUGUUGAAGAAGAUGAUAGUUAA